AUGCGUAACACAAGAAACAUCCUAACCAUAACAGCCUUAUCCUCAUAUCCUCAUCCUAACACCCUAAUCCUAAAACUCAUCUCGACACCCUCAUCCAAAUGCCUUAAUCCUGACACCCUCAUCCCAAAACCUCAAACCCCUCUGACACUCACCCCCUCACCCCGACACUCUCACCCCAACACCCUCACCCCGACAUCACACCCCGAACACCCUCACCCGACUCACCCGACACCCACCCCGACGACACCCUCACCCGACACCACACCCCACCCUCACCCCGACACCCUCACACCACCUCACCCCGACACUCACACUUCACCCCACCUCACCCGACACCCUCACCCCGACCCACCCCGACACCUCACCCCGACACCCUCAUCCCCGACAUCACCCCGACACCCUCACCCCGACACUCACACCCCAAACACCCUCACCCCGACACCCUCACCCCGACACUCACACCCAACACCCUCACCCCGACACCCUCACCCCGACACCUCUCACCCGACACCCUCACCCCGACACUCACAACCCCGACACCCUCACCCCGGCACUCACACCCCGACACCCUCACCCCGACCUCACACCCCGACACUCACACCCCGACACCCUCACCCCGACACCCUCACCCCGACACCCUCACCCCGAACACCCUCACCCCGACACUCACACCCCACACACACCUCACCCCCGACACUCACACCCCGACACCCUCACCCCGACACUCACACCCCGACACUCACACCCCGACACCCUCACCCCGACCACCCUCACCCCGACCCUCACUCACACCCCGACACCCCGACUCACCCCCGACACCCUCACCCGACACCCUCACCCGACACUCACACCCCGACACCCUCACCCCGACACUCACACCCCAAACACCUCACCCCCACCCUCAUCCCCGACACUCCACACCCCGACACCCUCACCCCGACCCCUCACCCCCACCUCACCCGACACUCACACCCCGACACCCUCACCCCGACUCACACCCCAACACCCUACCCCGACACACUUCACCCCGCACUCACACCCCGACACCCUCACCCCGACACUCACUCACCCCGACACCACACCCCACACCUCACCCCGACACUCACACCCCGACACUCACCCGACACUCACCCCGACACUCACACCCACAACCCUCACCCGACACUCACCACACCCGACACCCUCACCCCGACACUCACACCCGACACCCUCACCCCGACACCACACCCCGACACCCUCACCCCGACACUCACACCCCGACACCCUCACCCCGACACUCACACCCCGACACUCUCACCCCGACACUCACGACACUCACACACCACACCCGACACUCACUCACUACCCGACACUCACACCCGACACCCUCACCGACACUCACCCGACACCCUCACCCCGACACUCACACCCCGACACUCACCCGACACUCACACGACACCUCACCCCGACACUCACACCCCGACACCUCACCCCGACACUCACACCCCGACACUACACACACACCCACCCGACACACCCUCACCCGACACCCUCACCCCGACACUCACACCCCGACACCCUCACCCCGACACCCUCACCCCGAUAAUCUCACCUCACACACGACACUCCACCCCGACACCCUCACCCCGACACUCACACCCCGACACCCUUACCCCACACUCACACCCGACACCCUCACCCCGUUUCCGGGUCUCGGCUCCUCGAACCAUCCCUUCGCGGCCGCCCAUCACUCGCCUGCGGUCACCUUGUCUCCUGUUCAUCUAG